UUGGCUGAGGGAGAAUGGCUGGGAGCCCCCGGGGUCCCUUUGCUUCUCCUGGGAGGUCUGUCCUCCUUCCCGUGGUUCAGAGAGUUUCUGCAGGGCUUUUCUUCAUAGCACUUUGGGGCACAGUUGUAGGUGACAGGCUGCUGGUGGUCCCUCAGGAUGGAAGCCACUGGCUUAGUAUGAAGGACAUAGUUGAGCGUCUCAGUGRCCGUGGCCAUGACAUCGUGGUGGUGGUGCCAGAGACCAAUUUGCUUCUGAAGGAAUCGACACACUACAGAAGGAGAGUGUACCCGGUGCCCUAUGGCCAGGAGGAGAUGGAGGGCCGCUACCGCUCUUUUGGGAAUCAGCACUUUGCUGAGAGAUCCUUCCUGACGGCCGCGCAGACAGAGUACAGGAAUAACAUGGUUGUCAUCGACAUGUACUUCCUCAACUGCCAGAGCCUCCUGCAGGACUCUGACACCCUGAGUUUCCUCCAGGGGAGCAGGUUCGAUGCUCUUUUCACAGACCCGGCCUUGCCCUGUGGUGUGAUCCUGGCCGAGUACCUGGGUCUGCCCUCUGUGUACCUCUUCAGGGGCUUCCCGUGUUCCUUGGAGCACGCUUUGGGCGGAAGCCCGAACCCCGUGUCUUACAUCCCCAGGUGCUACACUCAGUUCUCAGCCCACAUGACGUUUCCCCAACGCGUGGCCAACUUCCUGGUGAACUUCUUGGAGAGCUAUCUGUUUCACUGUCUGUAUUCAAAGUACGAGGAGCUGGCCUCAGGCCUGCUCGGGAGAGAAGUGCACCUGUCUGCCUUGUAUCAAAAGGACCCCGUGUGGCUGCUGAGGUACGACUUUGUGCUGGAGUUCCCCAGGCCAGCCAUGCCCAACAUGGUCUUCAUUGGAGGGACCAACUGCAAGAAGCGCCGUGUCCUGUCCCAGGAAUUUGAAGCCUAUGUCAACGCCUCUGGAGAACACGGAAUUGUGGUUUUCUCUUUGGGUUCAAUGGUCUCAGAGAUUCCCGAGAAGAAGGCUAUGGAAAUUGCUGAUGCCUUGGGCAGAAUACCCCAGACGGUCCUGUGGCGCUACACCGGAACUCCUCCAUCCAAUCUCGCCAAGAACACGAAACUCGUCAAGUGGUUGCCGCAGAAUGACCUGCUGGGUCACCCGAAGACGCGCGCGUUCAUCACGCAUGCUGGCUCCCACGGCGUUUACGAAGGCAUAUGCAACGGGGUACCGAUGGUGAUGAUGCCCUUGUUCGGUGACCAGAUGGACAAUGCCAAGCGCAUGGAGACGCGGGGAGCUGGCGUGACCCUGAAUGUCCUUGAGAUGACUUCUGAUGAUUUGGCAAAUGCCCUAAAAGCAGUCAUCAAUGACAAAAGCUACAAGGAGAACAUCAUGCGCCUCUCCAGGCUCCACAAGGACCGCCCCAUUGAGCCGCUGGACCUGGCUGUGUUCUGGGUGGAGUUCGUGAUGAGGCACAAGGGGGCCCCCCACCUGCGCCCGGCAGCGCACGACCUCACCUGGUACCAGUACCACUCCCUGGAUGUCAUUGGCUUCCUCCUGGCCAUCGUGCUGGGAGUGGCAUUUAUUGCCUUUAAAUGUUGUGCCUACGGCUACCGGAAGUGCUUUGGGAAAAAGGGGAGUGUGAAGAGGGGCCACAAAUCCAAGGCACAUUGAGAGGUCGGUGGGAAGUAGGGUGAAAUUUUGAUCUAUCCGCCAAUCAAUGGUAAACUUGAAAAUAGGGUCAGUGUUAAAUUCUUUUUAUUCUUAUUAAUAUUUUGCCAUAGUUAGACAUUCCCAGAG